CUGGUGUUGUUAUCAGCGUACGCUUCGUCUGCUCAUUAAAUUGCGUGUACCCCGUCAGGUUUAAUUUAUUUUUCAAAAACUAGAAAACUAGUUUUCUGCUAAAUUCCCCAUUAAAAAUAUUUAUUUUUCUAUAAAUAUUUAGUUCUACCAGAUGACUUAAGUACCAGGACGCCGGUUUGUUAGGAAAAGUAUUUAAAACUAAUUAAAUUAGCGCAGGUUAUCGGCACAUAUUUAAAAGGAAUUAUGUCCGGAGCAGCUAUAGCAAUCAAUGCUGCUGUGUCGGGAGCUGCUUACUACAUGGCGGUUCGGAUGAUACCUCGCUUCCGGGAUAUGUUCAUCAAGGCGAACCUAUUUGGCAGCGAUCUCUGCAAAAAGGACAAACCACAGGUUCCUGAAUCCUUUGGCGUGCUCAUUGGAUGCGUGUAUCUCGUCUCACUUUUUCUUUUCAUCCCUAUUCCUUUUGCCUUCGAUGAGGCGGCUGCCACGGAUGCAGUUACUGGGGGAAAGCCCGACACUUUUCCACACGACAAGUUUGUAGAAUUGAUUGCCGCCUUGCUAUCCAUUUGCUGUAUGAUCUUCCUAGGCUUUGCCGACGACGUUUUGGAUUUGCGGUGGCGCCACAAGUUGUUGCUGCCAACGAUUGCAACGCUUCCUUUGCUUAUGGUGUACUAUGUUAACUACAAUUCAACAACAAUUAUUAUGCCGAACUUUGCUAGGGACCUUUUUGGAACCUCACUGAACAUAGGCGUGCUGUACUACAUCUUUAUGGGCAUGCUAGCUGUUUUUUGCACAAAUGCAAUUAACAUUUUGGCGGGCAUUAAUGGUCUGGAAGUAGGCCAGUCUUUAAUAAUUGCUGGGUCGAUUCUGGUUUUUAACUGCAUAGAACUAUACCUGGGUCAUCAAGUAGACUCGCAUAUUUUUUCCAUCUACCUUAUGCUACCGUUCCUUGCGACUACCUUGGCGCUUUGGAAGUUCAACAAAUAUCCUUCUCAGGUGUUUGUUGGUGACACAUAUUGCUACUUUGCUGGAAUGACCUUUGCCGUCGUGGGUAUCCUGGGCCACUUUAGCAAGACUCUGUUGCUGUUCUUCCUGCCACAGGUUCUAAACUUCCUGUAUUCCACGCCGCAGUUGUUUCAUUUUGUGCCUUGCCCGCGUCAUCGGCUCCCUAAGUACGACAGCAAGACCGAUUUGCUGCAUAUCAGCACCACGGAGUUCCGUAUAGAGGAACUAAACAUCGUGGGACGGUUGAUGGUCACCAUUCUGCGUAAACUGCGGCUGAUCAGCUGGCACGCGAAAGCAGACGGAUUGGUCAGGACCAACAACUUUACUCUGAUCAACUUUGUGUUGUUCAUCUUCGGUCCAGUCCACGAGCGAGUGGUCACCCAGAUGCUGAUGGGAUUCCAGGCGGUGUGUACAUUAAUAGCGUUGACCAUUCGCUACCCGCUGGCCAAUUACUUUUACGAAAAAACGUAAUUUUUAUAAGAACUUUAUGUUGGUUUUUAAUAGAGCAAGCCGUUGUUUUGUUGUCUAUACAAAACUGGACACAUCUAGUUUUAUUGCUGACACCAUAUAUAUUUCCCAAAAGCAAUAUUUAAGAAAAUCCUUUAUAUCUAUGCAAUCCUCUUGAAUAAAAAAAGAUUCAAA